UGCAAUGCCCUGGAGAAAUCAGUUGGAGUCUCCAGGGAUCAGGGUUCCAGGAACUCAGGAUCUGCAGUGAGGACCAGACACCACUGAUUGCAGGAAUGUGUUCCCUCCCCAUGGCAAGAUACUACACAAUUAAAUAUGCAGACCAGAAGGCUCUAUACACAAGAGAUGGCCAGCUGCUGGUGGGAGAUCCUGUUGCAGACAACUGCUGUGCAGAGAAGAUCUGCAUACUUCCUAACAGAGGCUUGGACCGCACCAAGGUCCCCAUUUUCCUGGGGAUCCAGGGAGGGAGCCGCUGCCUGGCAUGUGUGGAGACAGAAGAGGGGCCUUCCCUACAGCUGGAGGAUGUGAACAUUGAGGAACUGUACAAAGGUGGUGAAGAGGCCACACGCUUCACCUUCUUCCAGAGCAGCUCAGGCUCCGCCUUCAGGCUUGAGGCUGCUGCCCGGCCUGGCUGGUUCCUGUGUGGCCCGGCAGAGCCCCAGCAGCCAGUACAGCUCACCAAGGAGAGUGAGCCCUCAGCCCGUACCAAGUUUUACUUUGAACAGAGCUGGUAGGGAGACAGGAAGCUGCAUUUUAACCUUGUGCCCCCAAACCAAGCUCAUCCUGCUCAGGGUCUGUGGUAGGCAGAAUAAUGUCCCCCGAAAUAUGUCCACAUCCUAAUCCCAAGAUCUGUGCAUAUGUUACCAUACAUGUCCAAAGGGGUUUUGCAAAUGUGAUUAUGUUAAGGAUCUUGAGUUGAGGAGACAAUCCUGGGUUAUCCUUGUGGGCUCAGUUUAAUCACAAGAAGGAGGCAGGAAGGGAGAGUCAGAGAGAGAAUGGAAGAUACCAUGCUUCUAAUUUUGAAGAUGGAGUCAGGGGCCUUGAGCCAACAAAUGCAGGGGUUUUUAGAAGGUGGAAAAGCCAAGGGAACGGAUUCUCCUCUAGAGUCUCCAGAAGGAACACAGCUCUUGACACGUGGAUUUCAGCUCAGUGACACCCAUUUCGGACUUCUGACCUCCACAACUAUAAAAUAAUAAACUUGUAUUAUUGUAAA